CUCCUUACCUGCGCGCCGAGCCGUUUCACCUGGACCGUCACAUGAAAUAUGAUGAGGAUUUUACCUUCGUGUGCGCACUUCUUCUUGACGAGUAGAAGGCAGGUUUAUAUCCGACGGAACGCAGCCGCAGCUCCGAGGACGCACAGGUUUUCUUCUCAGGGCUGCCUGAAAAGACACUGAUCAACUCCUCAAGCCGCUGACUUAAUUCUGAAUCUUACACCUGCACCACCGGCAUUCAUGGCCCACCCUUACGAGCCCUGGUUAAGGACAGCACCAUCUAGUGGCAGCUCUGAAGAAAUGAACAUCCCGUCCUGGUGGGACCUCCACCGCGAUGUGCAAGCCGGCAGCUGGAUAGACCUGCAGACUGGGCAAAGUGUUGGUGUGCCCUCAGUGAGCACUGGCAGCUCCAUGGGACUGCAGAACUCUUUAGGCCCGUAUGGCUCCGACCCACAGCUGUGCACCAUGCCCCCGGCUCAGCACACCCCCACCUCACACUCGCCCCACCUCUUCCCGCUGGACGGCUUCAAGAUGGAACCACUGGGACCUGAAAUGCUGCAGCAGGAAACCUUCUCCUUGGAGGAACCGCAGGAGACCUCUGUGUCAGCUCGGCCCAAGCCCCAGCGACGUUCCUCCUCUCGGGGCGCCGGGCAGACCAUGUGCCGGUGCCCCAACUGCAUCCACGCCGAGCAGAUGGGCCAGAGCGCCGACGACAGCAGGACGAAGCACAUGCACAACUGCCACAUCCCUGGAUGUGGCAAAGCCUAUGCUAAAACCUCCCACUUGAAGGCUCACCUGCGCUGGCACAGCGGCGACCGGCCAUUUGUCUGCAACUGGCUCUUCUGCGGAAAGAGGUUCACACGCUCUGAUGAACUGCAACGCCACCUGCAGACACACACCGGUGCCAAGAAGUUUAGCUGCGCUUUGUGCCCACGAGUGUUCAUGCGUAACGACCACCUGGCCAAGCACAUGCGCACCCACGAGUCCCCGCCAGGGCAUGGGGAGGAGAGAGUAAAUGGGGAUGGGAAGGGUUUUGAUGCACCCACACCGACACAGUCAUCGUCUGACAGCACAGAGCCUCAGCUGAAGCUGAAAUGUGAGAUAGACCCCUCGGUUUCAAACGUGACAGGGCAGUCUGGCUAAUUUUAUCACUUCCAGGAGAUGUUUGGUAGUAAGAGAGUUCAGUCCUCUCUGUCACAGAGAGAGAAUAGUUUUAUAAUAGAGUAGAAGAAUGGUUUGGACACACUAUUACUGAUGAAAGCUGGAUGGAAUGUAUGCAACUCCUGUGGUAGUGAUAGAAGGGAUGCUACAGCACACAGGAAACACAGGGUUGUAUGCGUUGUGCAGCUAAAACUCUCCUCUGUAGCUUUUAAAAGGAAUCAAAGAAGAGCCAGAGGUGCAGCGUGCUGCUCGACCCGCCAGCAGACCAGAGGACGGACAUGAGUCCAACUGAAAACAGAUGUUUACGUGAAACUUGUUGAACAUGUUACUGAAAGUGAGGAGCAGGUCUGCUUCCAACUUUUUAAAAAGGAGACAGUGAUAAUAUUUUUUGUUUGUAUUUAAUAUUCUGACCACAUGAGUGCAGCCCACUGUACCAGGAGACAAAAUGUUUUAUUUUCUGUUGAGAGCACACAGAUCGAGAGCCAUUUUUUUUGUUUUAU